AUGCUAAUAGACAGGGAUGACAUCAUUUUAUGGAGGCGGCGUUAUCUUCUAACCAUUAAACGGUUGAGAGAUGAAGGACAUACCCGAAGUUACGUCUGGGUAGACGACACUAUAAAUUCCUCAAAACAAGCGUUUCUGUCCGAAUUAUCCACCGGAAGCAAGGGCCCAUCAGGUAAAGGGAAACGUCUGAUUAUCGCACACAUUGGCAGCAAAGCAGGGUUCGUUGAAGGAUGUUUGUGGACUUUAGAAUCCAAGAAAAUUGAAGAUUAUCAUGAGGAGAUGUGCGCCGAAACCUUCGAGAAGUGGUUUCAAGAUGUUCUUCCUCGGCUUCAGGAAAAUGCAGUUAUUGUUCUUGAUAACGCGCCGUACCAUUCUCGGAGAAAACAGAAAGUUCCCAAUGCGAAUUCCAAUAAGCACAAAAUAUCAGAGUGGCAAAAAUCUAAAAACAUCGAUUUCGAAGACGAACAGCGCACAGCGAAUACGCAAUAG